AUGGGGGAUUUUCAGAGUUUUAAGUUCGAGAAUUCCAUGCCGGAUUUAUGUCCUGAAACACAGCUGAACUUUAGGAAGUUUCUUCAAGCUGCUGGGAUUGAAAACAUGUUGAUUAAAGAUGGCCGGAGAAUAUCAGAUACCGAAGUACUAAAUGAAAUCAGGAAAGAGGUCGCUGUGUUGUCUAUGAACGACGAUGAUGGACGGACCUCGUCGCUGAUUCUUGCGUGUAUCAACGGUGACGAUGAAGCUGUUAAACUUCUCAUUCUUUCGGGCGAGUGCGAUGUAAACGAAGUUGCACCUGAUGGAGAAACUGCACUGACGUGUGCCAUAUCCUCGAAUGCUGUGCGGAUUGUGGAGAUGUUGUUAAAACAUGGGUCUGACCCAAACUUUCGUGGUAAGAAAGUUGAGUGCACUCCAUUGAUGGAAGCUGCUAGUGUUGGUUAUACUGAUAUUGUGAAGUUGCUGUUGGAACAUGGAGCAUGUCCAAUGGAAGUUCAAAAUGAUACUGGUCAUACACCUUUGAUGGAAGCUACAAGUAACGGGCACGUAGACGUCGCUCGUUGUCUUAUAAAGCAUGGAUGCGAUAUUAACACACAUUCAGCGGAAUUCAAAGAAUCCGCACUAACUCUGGCAAGCUACAAAGGUCAUGCGGAAAUGGUCCGUUUCCUGUUGACUGCAGGAGCCGAUCACGAACAUCGUACUGAUGAAAUGCACACUGCCCUAAUGGAAGCUGCAAUGGAAGGUCAUGUCGAAGUUGCUCGAUUACUCCUUGCUCAUGGCGCGAACGUGAACAUACCACAAGAUAGUUUCGAGUCCCCUCUAACUUUGGCCGCUUGUGGAGGUCAUACCGAGCUUGCACAUCUGUUAAUUGGAUAUGGAGCAGAUAUUGAAGAGGUGAAUGAUGAGGGCUAUACACCCUUAAUGGAAGCUGCAAGAGAAGGUCAUGAAGAAACUGUCGCUUUAUUGCUUGCAGUAGGUGCUGAAGUUAACGCAAGAACGGAGGAAACCCAAGAAACUGCUCUCACGCUUGCAGCCUGUGGCGGAUUCAUAGAAGUCUGUGAAAUGCUUUUAAAUGCUGGUGCUGAUAUUGAAGUUGGCGGAGUUGGUUGUUCUACUCCUUUGAUGGAAGCUGCUCAAGAGGGACAUCUAGAACUUGUCCGGCGUUUGUUGGAGCGUGGAGCAUUAGUGAAUGCAGUAACCGCCACUGGAGACACGGCGCUUCAUUAUGCAGCUGAAAAUGGGCAUGUCAAAGUUUGCGAGAAGUUGCUUGACUGGGGAGCCGUUUUUGGAGCUAUGACAGAAGGAGGACGAACUCCAUUGAUGAAGGCUGCAAGAACAGGUCAUUUGGAAGUUGUCCAGUUAUUUUUAGAGCGUGGAGUAGCGAUUGACCAGCCUACCUCACAGAAUGAUGCCAAUGCCUUGUCGUUAGCUUGUAGUGGCGGACAUGCAAAGAUGGUAGAGUUCCUUCUUCAACAUGGUGCUGAUCCUCAAUAUCAGUUAAGAGAUGGUUCUACAAUGCUAAUCGAAGCUGCUCGUUCUGGAAAUCCAGCGGUUCUGAGACUCAUUUUAGACUAUCCUAAAUGUCUCACUCAGCCGUCGUCCAUGCUUCCAAAUGCUUCUGUUCAGCUUGUUGCGAAUACAUUGAACCAACAUCAAACUCAACACCAAUUUUCUCAUGACCAGCGUUCUGCUUACCAAUCACUCGUGAAUGGCGUACCUACAAUCGGCAAUGUUAUCAUGCCACCACCCCGCCCCCUUUACCUAUUUCUGUCUCCGGAAUAA